CCAGGCAACCGAGAUGCUAUGGGUCGGAUACCCAUUGCUGAGUGGGAAAGUGUUUUAAAACUGGGGGAUUUUUUUAGUCUGUUGGAUCAGAAAUUGUCAUGGCGACAGCAUCCCAGCUUGGUCCUGGCGGGAGGUGGAGAGACACAGGCAGAGAGCCCAUGGAAUCUCACACAUACGCACUCUCCCCUGCUGUGCAGAUACAUGCUCUCCCCACACACACUGUACACACCCCACACAGACCACCCAUUCCAUAGGCACUCUGUACAAAGAGAGCCCCCCCCCACACACACACACAUGCUCUGGGAGGCUCAUGCUGUUCCCACCCUGUCCCUGUGCCUGGGAGGAGAGGGGGCCACUCACCCAGGCUGCCCAGCAGGGACUCAGCUCUACAGGCUCUGACAAAGCCCACCUCACCAGGGAAAAACGGGGAACAAAGAAACCGAGUAGGCUGGGCCUGAUCCUGAUCUCAGCAACGUUGCUGCAAAUCAUCAGCAACUGGAGCUGCCUCAGUGUGGGCCAGGAAAUCGACGAGGACCGGCUCCCCAACCCAUUGCUGAAGCCGGGUCUGUCCAUGUCACCCAGACAAAGGAAGAAGGUCCCUCGCACGACCCCCACCAUGAAAGAGCUCCAGAUGAUGGUGGAGCACCACCUGUGCAAGCAGCAGGCGGAGGAGGAGGAUGCCAGCAUGGGGAGCCAGGAGCCACACAGCCCUGGGUGCUGCCACCACGGUAACACAGACCCCAGCCACAGCCCCGGGGGAACCUGCCCCCUUGCCCAGGCCAAGACCAGGCUGGAGUCUCAGGAGGGCAACCAUGCUGGACCAGACGGGAAGGAAGAAUCAACAGGAGCUUGUGCAAAAAGCGAAGAUAAUGGAAGGCCAGGACUGUCCUCAGAGAAGCAGAGCGUGCAUAUACUACCAAAGGACUCAUCAGGCAAGCAGGCUUCUGCAAGUGACUAGGUGGCGCUCUGUUCCAGGUGUGAGUGGUGUUUCGAGGACAGAGGCAGGGCGACACGGCGGGGAGGAAGGAAGAAGGAAGAUCACUGGGCUGGGGUGGGGGGAUUUAAUGAUUGUUUUCUAAGAUUACAAUGGCUGUUUGGAUGUUUGUGAUUUUUUUUUACUGCCGUAGAGAAGACGCCCUGGAGUGGGAAGGUAAAGGCUGAAAUCUGGCCUCACCAGCCCUUCCUGGCUCAUGGUGGAUGGGGCAGCCCAGCACAAAUGGGGCAUUUCACAGUAAACACAAUGAUCCUGGGCGGGAUUGACAGUGCUGGGCGUGGACAUGUAAAUCCAGGCAGAGUCCAGAGAGGGUGAGAUCCCCCCUCGCACAACCCAGCCCAGCCCCGGACCUCACACCCUGCAUGAGACCGGAGCGGGAGUGUAGGAAUGGCUGGGUCUUGUGCCAGGCCACCCCCGAGCUCCCCUCACCCAACUGACACGUGGUGAAGCUACGACCUGCCCUGUCCACACUGGGGGUUUGAAGCAUGGUGUCAAUCAUGGUUUAAACACACCUUUGCGCUAGUAUGGACAAGCCCAAGGAGCGCAGCACCUAGGGGGACACCCCUUUCUUCCCAGCCAGAUGGGAACCCCCUGCAGCAGAACCCCAGUGCUUCCCCCUCGCCCUGGGUCUGACCAGGGUCUUUAACCCUACAAGACUCCUGCCAUCCUCAGCCAGAUCCCAGGAUAAGUGGGCCAAGCUGGGCCCAGGAUCUGCUGAUCCCAGGGCAAGCUUGGGAUGUGCGCAUGCAUCGUGCCCCGAGCCUGGCAGUGCUGCAUGCCCGGCUGCCCUUGCCGCUGUCCAGCGGUGCAGGAGGCUGAGCCCUGCCCGGUGUGUCUGUCAUCGCCUGCACUCAGCCUUCUACAAGCCCCCGUCGUCACCACAGCUUUGGCUGUCCGGAGCACCAAACCUCUCGUGUCAAUCAAUA